AUGGCUCCCGUGGCAGAAAAGACCCAGAGCGCUCCUGCAACACACAAGCAGCCUUCUCGUAAAGGAAAGAAGGCAUGGCGCAAGAACGUCGACAUCACCGAGCUGCAAGCAGGCGUUGAAGAUGUCCGCGAGCAGAUCAUCCAAGGUGGUGUGUUGACCGAGAGACCCGCCGAGGAACUCUUCGUUACCGACGUCAAGGGCGCCGACUCAAUCAAAGACGACUUCAACAAGCGCCACAAGCCUCUCAAGGCCGACGAGAUCAUUGCACAACGCUCAAAGGUCCCCGCAGUAGACACAAGGAAGCGCAAGUCCGAUGGCAUCGCAACUGGAAGCAGCAAGCGCAACAAGAACGGCACCUACGUUUCACACAAGGACCUUCAACACCUGCGCAGCGUCGCAAACUCUGCCGGUGCCCAAUCCGAUAUUAUCAAAGCCUCCGAGAGCGCAGACCAUGACCCGUGGAGUAUGGAACCCUUGCCCCAAGACCCUAGAUUCUCCUUCAUCCCCGAAAAGAAGGCAAAGGUUGCCCCCAAGACUCUGAAGCACGCUCCUAUCUCACUGGCCGCCAAUGGCAAGCCAUUCGCCGCUGUACCCAAGCCUUCUGCUGGCAAGAGUUACAACCCUACAUUCGAAGACUGGGAGGCACACGUUACCAAGGUUGGUGAGCGUGAGGUUGCCGCUGAACGUAAACGCCUGCAAGAGGCACAAGAGGAGCACGACCGCCUGGAGAAAGCUCUUGCCGAGGCCGCAAGACCUGAGCCAGCAACAGACGACGAGUACCAAUCAGCAUAUGAGAGCGAGUGGGAGGGUAUUCAGAGCGAAGCCGAAGAUUCUGGAGUCGUCACCAAGAAGCGUCCGGAGAGAAAGACACCGUCCCAGAGAAACAAGAUCAAGAGGAGAAAGGAGUUGGAACAGAAGGCCAAGUGGGACAAGCAGAUGAAGAAGAAGGAAGAACAAUUAGCGCGCGUCAAGGAGAUUGCUCUUCAGCUGGCCGAGAAGGAGCGUCUUCUCGCCGAGCAAAAGGCAUUGCAGCCUGCUGAAACUGGCGCUGAGGCCGAAGCUGAGAUCAACGAUGAGGAUGAGAGCGAGGUGUUGCGUCGUCGCACCCUCGGCAAGCAUGCUGUCCCUGAUGCUCCCCUCGAGGUUGUUCUCGCAGACGAGCUCCAAGACUCACUUCGUGCAUUGCGACCUGAAGGCAAUCUGCUCAAAGAUCGUUACAGAAAUUUGUUGCUGAACGGCAAGAUGGAGUCUCGUCGUACCAUGCAACACAAGAAGCCCAAGAGAGAAGUCACCGAGAAGUGGAGUUACAAGGACUGGAAGCUGCGCUAG